AACAUAUCGUGCCACUACGCUUUACUGUUAACUGUUAUGUAACGGAAGGGAGGAAUGGAAGGAGUAUUAGACACCUCUCGCUGGCGCCAAAACCCUACCAUAGCCAUAGCUUAGGUUGGCAAGGAUGAGGAGCGCCACAAGCGCCUGGGAUCCCUCCUCCCUUCUGGUUCCGGGUCGUGCACCCUUCUUCUUCAAAGCCGAUGCUGCUCCCAACCGUCGAGUCAGAGACUAUCCGCCGCCCAAUCUCCAAGGAGGAAGGCGCCAUUCUGUCAUCAUCUGCGCUUCUCCUGCCCCUGUUCCGUCUCCGUCUCCCUCUCCAUUACUUGGAAGGCGAGCGCUAGUGUCCAUAGCCACAGCCUCUUUCCUUGUACCUUUCUCAAGUUUGGCCUCUGCUACUGAUGAAAAUUCUUUGUUGCGAGAAGAAAUCAGGAAGGUAUUAUCCAAGGGCAAGGCUCCUGGUUUUCUUCGUUUGGUAUUUCAUGAUGCUGGAACUUUUGACAUGGAUGACAAAACAGGAGGUAUGAAUGGCUCUAUUGUUUAUGAACUGGAAAGGCCAGAAAACAUGGGUCUUGAUAAAUCACUGAAGGUUCUGGAGAAAGCGAAAGGGCAGACAGAUACUGUGAACCCCGUGUCUUGGGCAGACUUGAUAGCUGUGGCUGGAGCAGAGGCUGUUGAGAUAUGCGGGGGUCCAAAGAUACCUGUUCAGCUGGGAAGAAUAGAUGCAAAAGUGCCCGAUCCUGAUGGGAGGCUUCCUCAGGAAUCCUUGGAUGCUUCUACCAUGAAGCAAUUUUUCAAAAAGAAAGGGUUCUCAAUCCAGGAACUUGUUGCAUUAUCUGGAGCUCACACUCUAGGUAGCAAAGGCUUCGGAAAUCCAACUGUCUUUGAUAAUUCUUACUACAGGGUGCUUCUAGAGAAGCCAUGGUCAUCUUCUGGCGGGAUGUCUGGCAUGAUUGGACUGCCUUCAGACAGGGCCCUUGCUGAGGAUAGUGAAUGCAUCAGAUGGAUCACAAAAUAUGCUAAUGAUGAAGGGCUGUUUUUCAAAGACUUUGCAGAAGCCUAUGUCAAACUCGUUAACACAGGUGCAAUAUGGAUGGAGAUAUGAUGAGGAUGAUGCCUGAGGGGCAACUGUGAAAUUUAUAGAAUGCAGAAUUCAUAUAAAGGUUUUGAAACACUAAAGUUUCCAGCCAGCCAGCCAGCCACCCAUCUAUCUGCUUCUUAACCAAUCCUGUUUAGAGUCUUGUGGAUGAUGAUGGAAUUUGACUUCACCGAUAGCUGUAAUUCUAAUGCCUAUAUAUUGUUGGAUGACAGGUUGUUUCGAUUGAGUUGGAUAUUCUUGUGAUUGUUAGUUA